AUGCCGCCAUCGGGGGCCUCGUCCACGUACGCGCGCAAGGCACUCACGGAUGGCGAUGUGUACGUAUUUACGCUGCAGACGGCGUACCUCGAUGAUCUGUUGCGGCAUGCGCCGCCGCGGCCGGAGCCGAUCGCGCCGUCGCGGCCCUCGUCGGAGCGAUCAGAGAGAUCGGCGCUGUCUGACAAGCUGAAGGAUCUGCGGCUGCACGCGACGAGCAGUGGGCAGGCAUGGCGCGUGCCGGACAAGCUGGUGCGCAAGCUCAGCGACCAGCUUGGGCAGAUUGCGAUGGGCCGCGAUCCGCUGUACCAGCAGCCGUCGUUUCGGCAGACGAUGGGCGCCUUUUACGGGAUGCUGCAGGACGACGCGACGGCCAAGCGCCUGCGCGAGUCGCGCAUCGAGACGCUCCUGCUCGAGUUUACGAUGUUUGCGCAGGCGCAGCUCCGUAAGCGCCUGCCGACCGAGGCGGACGUGCAGGCGGAGCUGGACGUCGAGACGGAUCUGUUCGUGCGAGUCGUGCACGAUGUCCUUCGCACGAUACCUGGCGUAUCGCGCGAUCUGACGGACUAUGUGAGUCGGUACAUGGCCCGCGACGUGGAACGGCCGCGGUCGUCGGCGGAGCGCCGCCGCACCGACACGCCGGACGACGUUGCCACCUCGCCGCUCGUGGCUGCGACGGGGCGUCUCUUCCACUUUAGCGAUGCACAAGUGCGUCUGGACGUGCAGACGCUCAGCCAAACGUGCACGUUGUCGGAAGCGGUGAUCGACGUCAAGCGGUGCAUCUACCACAUCCACGCCCAGCGGGCCUGGCCGGGAUGUCCGGACGAUUUCAGCACACCGGAAGCGUACCGCCAAUGGCGCUCCAGCGAGCUCAUGCAGCUGUCGAAGCUCGUGGCCGAUAUAUGUGCGGUGCGUCCCGACCUCAUGAAGGCGUCCGUCACGAGCGAUAGCUCGUCGCGCCGGUCGCUCGAUAUGCAGGACGACGUCGACGACGCCUUCACCUACAUUCCGCCCGAUCCGUGUGCGGCGUACGAGCGCCUCCUUGACAUAUGCAUGGAUUUUGAUCUCGAUGCGAUUCAGCGCAAGGACGCGCAGGACGACGUGCCGCUCUCGGUCCUUGCGCCCGAGCACGAAGACCUGCUGCGCCUCUGUGCGACGCGCUGGCGCGUCUCGACGGCGUUGGCGCGCAUCGCUCAUUUGCGCCUGUGCCGCAACAAGUACGAUGCGGGGCAUGUCCCGCUCGAGUGCGUCGCUGCGUCGCUCGAGAGCCUGAGCGUGCACAUGCAGCAGGUCCCUCCGGCGCUGUGGCGACGUGCCGACCAGGCGCGGCUGGCGCAGCACCUCGGCCUGCUCGCCGACUCGCUCGUUCGCAGCGUGCACGCGGACCUCGCUCAGCUCGAGACGCCGUCCGAGUCGGUCGUCGCGCUACUCGACCGCGUUUCUCGGCUGGCUGGCGACGCGCACGUCGUGGCCGCGCAUGUCGCGCCGCUCCGUCGUGCGUUUGGGCAGGCAGCGACGCGGGCGUAUGCUGCCAAGGCUGAGGGCGUCUUUCGUGUGCAGACCAACAUUGUGCGUGGCUUUGCCGAGCUGCUCGACUGGCUCGAGCGGCUGAUCGAGACACACCGCCGCCAGCUGCGCCCGGUCCCUGGCCUCGCUACGAGCGACGAGCUGGCGAAGGUGUGUGUGCCGCUGUUCCUAGCUGACCUGGCGUCGGUCAAAGAGGCGGUCGUGCUCCAGGUGCGGCAAUCGGGCGAUCUCGAGCGCGUGAACGAGGCGCUGGCUCUGUGCCAGCGCGUGCGUGCAUGGCAGCGGUCGUGUGACGACGCGUUCGAUGCGUGUGCGUACUUUCGGCCGUGUGUCGUGCUGUGGCUGGAGCUGAGCGAGGCGCGUACCGCCGAGUGGAUCCGAUCGGCCGUGCAGCACGACGCGCUGCACGUGUCGGAUACGACGACGCACAGCACGUCGGUGCAAGACAUGCUGGAUGCGCUGCAGCAGCCGCUCGCCUUUCUCGAGUCCCUGGCGUGGGCGGACGAGACGGACUUGGCGGCGCUGCUGUCGCUCCUAGCCGGCAGCUACGAGCGGCACAUCGCCCUGUACUGCCACCUGAUGGCCGAUCGGUACAUGCUCGAUAUGCGUCCGCCGUCGCUGCCGGAGGCGUCGUCGGACGCCCCGCUGUGGGUCGUGCGCGCGAAGCAGGCCGUGCUGCCGUCUGAGCAGCAGAUGCGGAGCGCUGUGCGUCCGUUUGUGCUGCAGCCGCACUCGUGCGUCAUCCUCAACAAUAUGGAGGCGGCGCGGCAGCUGCUCGAUACGCUGUAUCGCCGCAUGGAGGCCGAUACGCAGGCGGAGCGCCUGCGCGGCACGACGGCCGACGUCCCGCGCUCGAUGGUGUUCUCCGUCAAGAUCGUGCAGGCCGAGCUGCCCGUGCUCGACGUGCCGCGGCUCGAUACGCUCGUGACGCUCAGUGAUGCGCGCGGCACGCGACUCGGCAAGACGCGCACGCUCUACGACACGCGCGUGCCGCGCUGGGACGAGGUGGUCGACAUCGACUGCCCGACGGCGCAGUGGAUCUCGGCGACGGUGUGGCGCCGCUCGCUGCACGGCGAGCCGCACCUGCUCGGCCGUGCGAGCGUCUACCUCGAUCCGCGCGUGUUUGGCGACGUGCCGACGCACGACGUGUGGCUCACUCUCGACCGUGCGGGCGGCAAGCUGCUGCUGCGUGUGAGCAUGGACGAGGCGCACGAUGGCAUUCUGUACACGUUUGGGCGCGCCUUCCGCACGGUCAAGCGCACAGAGGCGGACAUGACGCGUGUGUUGGUCGAUCACAUCUCGCUGUACAUGCGGCACGUCCUCUCGCGGCCGGUGCUCGCGGCGCUCGUGCGCGGCCGCCGCGUCGAUCGCGCGCUGCGCGCGCUGCAUGCGGGCGCCCGCGCGCCGCUCACGGACCACGACAUGGAGGAAGCCAUUGCGCCGCUCUUUGACUACCUCGACGAGACGCUCGGCACGCUGCACAGCAGCCUGAGCGCGUCGCAGGCGCAGCUCGUCCUCUCGCGCGUGUGGAAAGAGGUGCUCGUCACGCUCGAGGGCCUCCUUGUGCCGCCGCUGUCGGACGCGCCGACCGACAUGCAGCAGCUGUCCGACAAGGAGGUCGACGUCGUCUUCCGGUGGCUCUCGUUCCUGCGGAACUACUUCCACGCCUACGAUGCCGAGACCGAUACCGUGCACGGCCUCCCGCUCUCGUCGCUCCAGAGCACCAAGUACCGCGAGCUCGUGUCCUACCUCCUCCUGCACGACCAGAGCACCGAUGCGCUCAUGAUCGAGUGCGUGCGCGGCUUCCAAGCCCGCCUCGUCAAGGCGCCGUCACGCGCAAAAUCCGUCCUCUACCAGCGCUCGCUCGGCACGAUCGGGCAGCACAAGCGCGCCAAGCAACAACGCGCCUCGCUCGCCGACGCGGGCGACGGCGACGCCUGCCUCAUGGCCAUGCGCAUCCUCCGCAUGCGCCCCGGCACCGGCGACUUUUUGUCGCAGCAACUCACGUCGCUCCACACACUGCCGUCGUCCUAG